CCUAGCGAGAGUACCACAGGGUUUCACCUUUCCAGGCACGGCCGAGUCUAAAGGCAGACAGACAGACAAGCUGGUCGGGCAGUCGUUCACCUGACGUCGGCGCGGUAGGACGUCGUUCUUCUCGUUUCAGUUCCCAGUCGCUCGGAGGCACCCGCUUUCGUGAGACUUCUCGGUGAAAGCCCCUGCGAAGUAUGGCUUCCCUAAGCCACUUGGUGGCUUUGGCUACCCUCCUCGCCGCCCCUGGAGUCCUAACUCAGGAGGAACCGUUGCUGGUGAUUCCGUCGAUAUCCGACGCGACGAGAGACAACGCCGCCCAGGCAGGAGCUGCCGCCUUCGUCAGGUUGUGGGAGCACGCCCUCGAAGUCGAUGGGCAAGGGCCAGGUCCGGCGGUCAGAGUAAACUUCGAAGCAAAGACGAUCUUAGCCCCUGGCGAACUGGCCAUGUCAAACCUCAUCCCACAAGAUACGCAGGACCCUCUCUAUGGGGACACGGAGGAGCUGAGGACCCUGAGGAGGAAUCUCCUGAAGGACCACUUGGUGUUGGACCCCAUCAAACCGACGGACCCUAACGUGACCAGUGAAGGAGGAGCCAGGGCUUUGACCUUCACGGGGAAGGCGGUCCAUUUUCGUAAGAAUGAGAAAGGUGAACUCGCCGUCGAGAACGUCCCCGUCACGGAAGUCAAGAGCCUGGACGACGGGACGCAGCUCUACAUCCUGGAAGACCUCCUCUUCGACAACCGCCAAAAGGUCAAUCAGAUCUUCCUGAGGAGACACGCCGACGAACUGGCCAAACCCACUGGACCUCCUCUGGACAUCCCGGAGGAGUCGACCGAUUUCAUCCCAUCGCCUCAAUUCGGAGGACCUCUGGGUUCCCAGGAGUUCUCCGGCUUCGCGCCAAUCAUCGCUCCUCCUGCUCCUCCUCCGCCGGCAGCUCCUGGAGUAGUCCGCAGCCGUGGCUCCCCUCCUGCGCUGCCUCCGGGAGUCUUCCCUCCAGCUCCACCUCCCGACGCGGCGAUCCGUUCCCCUCCGGGCCCACCAGCGGCGCCUCCAAGUGACUUCAGACCCCCCGCGCCGCCUGUCGCUCCAACUAUCAGGGCCCCAGCACCGCCUCCCCCAGGGCUUCUUGGACCUCAACCACCGGCAUCUUCAAGAGUCAGUCCUCCCGCACCUCCGGCAGAGGGACAAGGCAAGUCCCAGAGAGCAAAGAGACAGCUGGAUCUCCCCGAGUUGGAUGACCCGAGUAGCUUUGACCCAAUGCUCCAGAGUGGCUCGAGCGGUGACCUAGAUGUGAUUGAUUUUUCCCAGAAUUCAUCCCCAUCAAGAGGAGGUGGCUACCAAAAGCCCUCAAGAUUUGAAAGAUUACCAACAGGAGUCAGUCCUUCAGGAAACAACCGACCGUUGAGCGAACUUUCCUCCAUUGAGCAAUUUGCAACGCUCUUCCAGCUCGCAAACUCACCAGACAGGAGCAGCAUCGUCCGGGUGUUACAAGAAGCAGGGCUGGUGACAAUGCUGGGCCUUCUGGAAACGUCUGGCCUCUUGCAGAAGCUUGUGUCAAGUGAGGGCAGUCCUUACAUUCUCCUCGUGCCAUCCCAGUCAGCUUUUUCCAAGUUGUCACGUCGAGAACUUUUCGAACUGGCCCGCGGAACUGACCUCUCUUACCAUCUAAUUCCCUUGCAAGGUCAGGCUCUUCCUGAAGUCAAUAACGAUUCCACAUUUGUGACCUUACUUGGCCCUCAGUUAAGGUUCAAUGUGUACGGUGGAGUUACCUACGCUAACGGCGUGCCAGUGACACGUGAUGACCUAACGUUCUCGUACGGCACUAUACAGGUCGUGGAUUCUGUUCUGAAGCCUCCGGUCGGAGACCUCAUGAGCGUGCUAGUGAACACUGGCCUACCCUUGAGCAGAAUCACCACGCUUCUCACAGUUGUCGGGGACUUUGAGAAAGGAGUCUAUACAUUACUGGCUCCUCCCGAUUCUGCCAUAUCCUCAAAAGGAUAUUCAUGGCCGGGGCUCUUGAUGCAAAGGGCCCUAGGGAAGGACUUACUGGAAAAGCAUAUGCUGAAAGGGACUUGGUAUUCCGAAGGACUCCUGCUGCAUCGGACUAUGACAACGCUCGCUGGAACCUCAGUCACUUUCAGGAGGGAAGCAGAUGGCACAGUAACAGUAAAUGGCGUCCCAGUGAGAAGCUGCAAUUUAUCCGCAUCAAAUGGAGUUGUACAUGUCGUAGCCGAUGUCAUUCCCGACUCAGACCUCGGCUCUGACCCAACAGCAAUCCCAAAUCCAUUGAUAUCUCAGACCGAGGCACCAGUAUUUGAAAGCUUCGCCAGUGGAGGUGACAUCAUCCCAGAAGCUCCAGUUAUUUCUGGCCUGUACGAUCUGCCUGGUCGAGACCCUUUCAAGGAACUGUUACCGGUAAAAACAAAACCAGGUAGCGCAUCGGUCUCCAGAAGAGAUGGUCUCCCUUCACCAGCAGUAAAGACACGAUUGCCUGACGCAGCGGUAGCCCAGACCCUUUCCAGAGGUAGCCAGAAUGUUUACAGUAGCCCACAAACUUCAAACGUCAUUCAGCCUGUAGCUAACAUCAAUCAUCACAACCAAAAUAGACCAGCAAACGCAUUCAGUUCUGGCACAAUUGAAUCAUGUUGUCAACCAGUAAACUUUGCAUUUGAUAGUUUUCUGGAAAUGCUUGAUAGAACUUCUGAAGAGCACCACAGAGAAUCGGGCGGAUUAAGACCUCCGGCAGAGACGCAAGGGAGCAAAUUGCCAUCACUAUAUGCUGGUAAUUUUGCACAUCAUCCUGUUUCACCGCUGCCAUUGGUACGUGUUGCUGAACCCCAUAUACUGGAGAUUGAACAGUUUUAUGGAACGGAUGGCAAAGAAGAUGCUUACAAUAUCCUCCAGAUCACGACAGAUCCUCCUUAUGCCAAAGUCGUUGUGGAUAAACGCCUCGGUACUCCAGAUUUUACUGUGGUCCUUGAACCCACUCCUCAGCCGGAUACAGGCAGCAGGUUUCCGUCUAAUGGGAAAUCUGAUGUCAAAGCCAUUUCGAGAUCUCAAAACUCGCUCAAUCAUACGUCAGUCAACAAAGAAGGAAAUUUUCCCGAUAACGUUGAGGCAACGAGUCAGCAAAGCAUCCCAAUCGUUGUGGUUCCCGACGGACCUUUCGUCUGGAGGCCUGAAAACACCAUUUCAGCAGAUGAGAGAAGACGAAUGAAUGUCGUUUCGCUUUUGCAGAGACUCAAUCUCACGAAGUUUGCUGAAUUGGUAGAGAUUUCUGGCCUCGCCAGGACGCUUCAUUUAGAUGGCCCGUGGACAGUGUUCGCUCCCAGCAACGAAGCGAUCGAAGCCAUACCGAGGAAGGCUCUGGAGGAGAUGAUCGCUCGCCCGCGCUUUUUAAGACGAGUCGUGUCUUACCACGUGGCACCUGGGAGGUUCCCCAGUGCCACGGCGUUCCGUCCUGGCACUCAUCUUCCCACUCUGCAUUCGGGUUAUACCCUCGUCCUCUCUUACUACACAGAGGGACCCCUGGCUAGAUGGGUGGCCGGCGGAAGCGUCAUCUCUGACCUGGACGAGGAAGCGAGCAACGGGGUCAUCCACGUUCUGGAUCAGAUGUUAUACGCUCCGUACGGGCACAUAAUCGCCACCAUGUCCCUCUCUCCCCUGCUCACCAUCUUUUCGGAGAUACUGUCCAAGGACCCCGAAAUGCAAGCUUACCUUGCAGGAUCGAUCCCCGUGACUGUAUUCGCUCCAGAAGAUGAUUCGCUGAAAAACACUACAAUUUCAGAGGACCCUUUAGUCAGACGAGAGUGGAUCCUAUCUCAUAUUGUGGACGGGACCUGGUACACAGCUGGUUUCUCCGACACUUGGCCGCUUGUUUCUCUUGCAAAUAGUACUCUUGUCACUAGGGUAUUGCAGGAUCCAGAUAAAAUUGCCGUGAACGGUAUUGAGAUUACGUACUCCGACAUCACUGCAGCCAAUGGAGUAAUACAAGUUAUUGAGUCCCCCCUCUUAUCUCCAACCUAGGAUAUAAAAGAAAACGGGUAUUUUUCACCUAAAGAGAGUGGUAUUUUAAGGGUAGCUAUAAUAAUUUGUCUUCUGUUUGUCUUGUUCUUCGAAUACUUUAAUGUUAACAGAUACCAAAAAUACUCUUUCUUGUACAUAACAAACAUUUUUGUUUUCGGAAUAAUUACUCUCUGACUUCGAUGUAUGAGUUAUCAUGACACUUCUGAGUCGGGGAUACAUAGAUUCACCAGAUAAAAACAUGAGAAAUGUGGCCAUACCUAUUUAUUUCACGCAGAGAAAAAGAAAAGAUUAUGUCAAUUUAUUCUUCUUCAUUAAAUUCCUUAUGCUUUUCUUAGUGUCUCUGCCAAUCUAUUUAACCUCCAAACUUUUAGGUCUGUUGACUUAUUUGCAAUCAAAUAUUAUGUGCCAAAUGUAUACCCCGUAGAGAAAAAAAACUUAUUUCCGAUCAAUUAAUCCCUCUCUCUCCGACUU